UGAAAUCGGCCGGUUACCACAAAACAUAAACAUAUGGUUCCUUCGCGAUAUAAUUAAAAUUUAGCACUUUUCUUUUAUCCGACUCACAAGUAUUUUUUAAAGAAAAAUUUGUUAAAAGUAUGCUUGAUUUUCAAUCGAUGGACGGUUUCGAUCGUAAUAAACAUGGCGAGAAGGAUAUCGGCGAGUGGAGCGGACAAGAAACUCGCGUUUUGCACGGACGUUGACAAAUCUAUAAUAGUGCACAAUUUCGAGAAGAGAGGAUGGGUGCAGGUCGGUCCGGAGGAUGAUUGGAAUUUUUAUUGGGCGGCGACUCAAUCAUGUAGAACGAUAUUUAGCGUGGAGACUGGAUACAGAAUGGACGAUAAACAGAUAAUCAAUCAUUUUCCAAAUCAUUACGAGCUCACGCGGAAAGAUCUCCUGGUGAAGAAUAUAAAACGUUACCGGAAAGAACUGGAACGCGAGGGAAAUCCUCUAGCGGAAAGAGGAGACGGUCCGGGAAAAUAUCUUUAUCUGGACUUCAUUCCCGUCACGUUUGUCUUACCAGCAGAUUACAACAUGUUUGUGGAGGAGUACCGGAAAUCACCGCAGAGCACAUGGAUCAUGAAACCGUGCGGGAAAUCCCAAGGCGCUGGAAUAUUUCUGAUCAACAAGCUGAGUAAACUGAAGAAAUGGUCCCGUGAAGCUAAAAAUCCGUUCAAUCCGAAUCUGACAAAGGAAUCGUAUGUUAUAUCUAGGUACAUCGAUAAUCCUCUUUUAAUCGGUGGUAAAAAGUUCGAUCUACGAUUGUACGUUCUGAUCGCAUCAUUUCGACCGUUGAAGGCCUAUUUGUUCAAGCUUGGAUUCUGUCGUUUUUGCACGGUCAAGUACGACACUAGCAUACAAGAAUUGGAUAACAUGUACAUACACCUUACGAACGUCUCCGUACAAAAGCAUGGCGAGGAGUAUAAUUCCAAGCACGGUGGCAAACUGAGCGUGCACAACUUGCGACUGUAUCUGGAGAGCACGCGUGGAAAAGCAGUCACGGAGAAGCUGUUCGCAAACAUCACGUGGUGCAUCGUGCAUUCUUUAAAAGCUGUCGCUCCGGUCAUGGCGAACGAUCGACAUUGCUUCGAGUGUUACGGCUACGACAUUAUCAUUGACAACGAGCUGAAACCGUGGCUCAUAGAGGUAAACGCAUCGCCGUCGUUGACGUCCACUACGGUGAACGAUCGAAUCCUGAAGUACAAAUUAAUCGACAACAUAAUAUCGAUCGUUGUCCCUCCCGAUGGUGUUCCGGACGUAAAAUGGAACAAAUGCCCACACCAGGAAGCUUUGGGCAACUUCGAGCUCCUCCUGGACGAAGAUAUCUGCGCCCAAGAGGAGAAAGAGUAUUCCGGCAAGGGUCGAGGUUCCUCGAGCAAAUGGAAAUAGCCACCUAAUGAUUCCAUCGAUUAAUAGAAAUCGUUU